AUGGCCAGCAUCACCGCCCCGCACUCCAUUCACGGCGCGUUUGGCGGUCUCUCCUUCACGCCCUCCUACGCUGUGCCCGCCCCUUCGGUGUCCUCUCCCCGUGCGGCCGCGUUCGCCCAGAUACCCAACAUAUCCCUUCCAAGCGGCCGCGGUACGGCCGGUCAUGGGCGCGCCCGCGGCCUCUCCAUCCUCGCGUCCCGCACCGCGUCUGCGCCCACAGAGGUUUCCACCCCCGUAGCGCGCCGGGCCCCGCCGCCGCCGCCGUCGCGCAUCCCGUACAUUCCCCCGCAGGCCGAGGACCCCUUCGCAGACGGGCCGACUAUCCUCCCCGACACGGACGUGGAGAUGCAGGAGGUGGAGAGCUACGGCCCCAUUAUUAUCAGCCUCCCGCCGCCGCCCCGCCCGCACCCCCGCUCUCUCCCCGCCUCUCCGGACUUCGCGCCGUCCCAACCGGCCGCCCCGGUUCGCUUCGAAUCGCAGCCACUGCCAGAGCGCCAGCGCGGCCGCCUCGUCGCGAGCGUGCUCCUCAACAGAGGCUGCGGGUACGGACGCCCGAUGAUGCGCAGGCACUUUGGCGGUGCGCGCGAAUACGUGAAGAGCGGGCUCUCGCGCGUGCUCGUGCCCGUCGAAGACGACGCUCAAGACGAUCUGUUCCGGCGCUCACCUCCUCUGCAAAUUCCGCUGCGAGCGCCGCAUUGA